AUGUUACUCUUCUCGAUCUUACUCGGGGUUGCUUCGGUCGCACAAGUCUCGGCAAACACAGACACCGAGCGAGCAGUGCGGCGCAAUGCGGCCAUCCAGGGCGUUCGGAAGAUGAGUGAUGACGAGGGAGAGAAGUUCUUCAUGGACUAUUGGACCUACAAUGAUGAGAGCAUUGUUGCGAACACGACCGAAUCUGCGGACAGCCACCGCAACACCGAGAUCGAUCGACGUAUCAUCCUACCUCGAUCAUACCCUUUCAACGCGCCGUUUGCACCUGGUCUUGAGCGACUCUCUGGUCUUCGUCUCUCGCCGCUCGUCCGGAAGGACUUUGAGUGUCCUACGGGGACUUAUGGAUGUACAUCUAUCGAUCGACCUGAUAACUGCUGCCGGACGGAGGAGACUUGCGUGGUUGUUGACUCCGGGGGUGUAGGGUGUUGUCCUGCUGGCCAGGACUGCUCGGGGACAAUUGGGUCGUGCUGGGAGGGAUACACGAGCUGUCCGUCGUCGCUCGGAGGUGGUUGUUGUAUUCCGGGCUAUGAUUGCGUUGAUGGUGGAUGUGCCCACAUCGUCACGAUAACGAUCACCACACACUCGACAACGUUGACGACGACAUCAAUUGAGACAGUGCCCACCGUAACAUCGACAUCUAGUACUGCCACCGCGACUAGUGACACGACUAGCGACACAAGCAGCGAAACGAGCAGCGUCACGACAUCGUCGACAUCAACGGAUUUGUCUCCUCCUGACCGUCCCACCAGUUUGUCUACCAGCACAACAUCAACCACUGAAUCGUCCUGCCCGACGGGAUUUUACGCUUGCGCCGCUGUUUACCAGGGCGGUUGUUGCCGGACGGGUCGCGACUGCGACACGACGUCCUGUCCAACCAUACCGUCCACGACAAUAGUGUCCAACGACCAGACCAUUGUGAUUCCAGAGGCGACGACGACAGCGGCGAGCAGUGGUGGAGGAUCAGGGGGUAGUUCGAGCGGAUGUGCCAGUGGGUGGUUCAGUUGUGCCGACACUGUAGGUGGAGGGUGCUGCCCUUCAGGAUACGCGUGUGGAGAAGAAAGCUGUACAGCCGUACCAGCAGCGUCAACCUCGGGGACUGUCGCGAAAGAGGACCCAGCAGCGCCCUCAAACAAUGGAGAAAAGGCAAAGAUCCAUUGGAAGAUGAUGAUGUAUACUACGCUUGGGAUGAUCUGGACGAUGUUAUGA